GAACUUUGAGAUGGAAACAGGUUGGAAAUCCAUCAUCAUCUUCUUCUUCUUCUCUAUCAUCAUAUCCUCAAAAAGUGCUAUCUAGUCUAUUUUCACUGUAAAUCGGCUACUCCGGCCGGCGAUCUUAUAUCUUCUUCUCGAUCUUCACUGUUGAUUUUCCACUCUUUCUCUAGUCAGUCAACCUAGCCUAGCUAGUUUCUGCUCUUCUCAUCGAAGCAUUGACCGAUGAUUUAUUGUUCAUCCGAUUCACAUUUUUAUGUUUGAUAACGGUGAUAUAUUAGCUAAAGAAAGAAGAAAGAAAAGACAAAGGGAGUUCCGAUUGUUUCAUGGGCAACACAUGCCGUGGAUCUAUCAGAACGAAGGAUUUUCAACCGUGCAGUGAGCUCGAAGACCAAACGACCUCUAAGCGCGACACUUCCUCUUCUCACUCAGUCGUCUCCGAGAAAUCUCCCGUCCGCGUCACCUCCGAUCAGCUAAUUCCCGACGCCAUUAACACGUACGACCGUAAGAAGAAUACACAACACAUCUCAUUCGCAGUGAAAGAAGAGACUACCAUGAGACGCGGCACAGACAACCAAGGUUAUUACGUUCUAGGUCACAAAACUGCCUAUAUCCGUGACCUAUACACCUUAGGUCGUAAAUUAGGGCAAGGACAGUUCGGCACUACUUAUUUGUGCACUGAGAACUCAACAGGUAUUGAUUACGCUUGCAAAUCCAUUUCCAAGAGGAAAUUGAUUUCGAAAGAGGAUCUGGAAGAUGUUAGGAGGGAGAUUCAAAUAAUGCAUCACUUAGCAGGUCAUAAGAAUAUUGUAGUCAUUAAAGGUGCAUAUGAGGAUCCAUUGUAUGUCCAUAUUGUUAUGGAGCUUUGUGCUGGUGGAGAAUUAUUCGAUAGGAUCAUUCAAAGGGGACACUACAGUGAGAGAAAGGCUGCUGAAUUAACCAAAAUUAUUGUAGGCGUUGUCGAGGCCUGCCACUCACUUGGAGUUAUGCAUAGAGAUUUAAAGCCUGAAAACUUCUUGCUAGUUAACAAGGACGAUGAUUUCUCUCUCAAAGCCAUUGAUUUUGGACUUUCGGUUUUCUUCAAACCAGGUCAAAUUUUUACUGAUGUUGUUGGAAGUCCAUAUUAUGUUGCUCCUGAGGUGCUUUUGAAACAUUAUGGACCCGAAGCUGAUGUCUGGACUGCUGGCGUGAUUCUCUAUAUACUGCUAAGUGGUGUGCCGCCGUUUUGGGCAGAGUCGCAACAGGGGAUAUUUGAUGCUGUUCUGAAGGGGUAUAUUGACUUCGAUUCAGACCCAUGGCCUUUGAUAUCUGAGAGUGCUAAGGAUUUGAUAAGGAAAAUGAUAUGCUCCAGACCAUCUGAACGAUUAACUGCACAUCAAGUCAUGUGUCAUCCUUGGAUUUGUGAAAAUGGAGUAGCUCCUGAUCAAGCUCUGGAUCCAGCUGUCCUCUCUCGUAUCAAGCAUUUCUCAGCAAUGAAUAAACUAAAGAAGAUGGCUUUACGGGUAAUAGCAGAAAGCCUGUCAGAAGAGGAGAUUGCAGGUCUAAAAGAGAUGUUUACAUCGAUGGAUACUGAUGAUAGUGGUGCCAUAACAUUUGAUGAACUUAAGGCUGGCUUAAGAAGAUAUGGCUCUACCUUAAAGGACACUGAGAUACGCGAUCUUAUGGAUGCAGCUGAUGUUGAUAACAGUGGCACAAUUGAUUAUGGAGAAUUCAUUGCCGCGACAAUUCAUCUUAACAAACUGGAGCGAGAGGAACAUCUUGUGGCUGCGUUUAGAUAUUUCGACAAAGAUGGGAGUGGCUAUAUUACAGUUGACGAACUUCAACAAGCUUGUGCAGAACAUCACAUGACUGAUGUUCUUUUAGAAGACAUUAUCAAAGAAGUUGAUCAAGACAAUGAUGGAAGAAUUGAUUAUCAGGAAUUUGUUGCAAUGAUGCAAAAAGGAAAUGCUGGAGUAGGAAGGAGAACUAUGAGGAACAGUGUAAAUUUGAGCAUGAGAGAUGCUUUUUAGUAUCUAUACGAUGGAGGAGACCAGAAUAAGUUAAAUUAUUGAACAUUUUAUUUUGUCUUGUUUAUGUAUUUAUAACUUAUGUAAGUGAUAAGGUAAAAACUGAAUUGUAUCUUUGUUCUGUGUUUUGUUUAUUGUAGUCUAUGAUUGAUACCUUCAGGAUAAAUGUUACAUUCUGUGUGAUUGUAUUAAUUUGACAAUACAUAAGCGUUUAAACCG